ACAACCCUCCCUCUGUGCUCCUUCCAUUUCUCCCCAACCCACCCCAGUUCUGGGAUUCAAGUGACAAAUGAUGGCUUUAAUCUCUUAAUGUGGAGUAGAUGUCCUCAUGCUGUAAAUUUGACCAUUUUAGGAAGAGAUUGUCUUGUGCGGGUGCUGCUGCUCUGGGGUGCUGCCUGUCAGUCACCUUUAAUACAGAGAAGAAUAAAGAGGACGAGGCUGUCGGCAGAACAGCCAGAAUGUUUUCUCCAAGCCUCAUGACUCUCCUCUGGUUAUUGGCCCAAUUGGUCUUGAACUUCCCUACUGCUCUUGGAACAGACUUCCGCUCUGCUUUCUCGGUUGCCCGCACCAGCAGCAUGGAAGGGGGUCCAGAAAUGGUCAUCACCUUUGACAAGGUCUACGUGAACAUCGGUGGAGAUUUCGAGCCCAAGACCGGAAUGUUCAGGUGCAGGAUUCCAGGCGCAUAUUACUUCUCCUUCACCGUCGGGAAGUUCCCCAAGAAGAACCUUUCGGUCAUGCUGAUGAAGAAUAAGAACGAGGUCCAGGUUAUUGUUUAUGAUGAGGAUCAUCACAAAGAGAGGAAGGUGGCAAGUCAGAGCGCCAUGCUGCAACUGGACUAUGGGGACACCGUUUGGCUUCGUCUUCAUGGAGACCCCAAAUAUGCCAUCUACAGCAACAUUGGGCCCUACACAACUUUUAAUGGAUAUUUGAUUUAUCCAGACGUGUCCUCCACCUACCAAAGCACCAAUGACCCUUACACAAUGCAGCACUAUGGAGGAGUCCAGUCUUUUAAAGGGCCGGUUUUAGAGGCCAACAAGGUCAGUCACACAUCUGCUGACCAGCCCUCAAUAAACACAGAUCCCAGGUCUGCAUUCUCCGUUGCCCGCACUGAAAGCAUCGUAGGAACUGAAGAUGGAAAAACCCAACAUCAAGCCAUCACCUUUGACACCGAAUUUGUAAAUAUUGGGAAAGACUUCAACUUAUCCUCGGGGGAAUUUCAUUGCAGGGUGGCGGGAGCUUAUUACUUUGCUUUCACCAUAGGAAAAAUGCCCUACAAGACUAUGUCGGUCAAGCUGAUGAAGAACCAGAAUGAAGUCCAGGCCAUGAUUUAUGAUGACAGCGAUUCCAAGAAGCGAGAGAUGCAGAGCCAGAGCAUGAUGCUCUCACUCCAUCCUGAAGAUACUGUCUGGCUCUACAGCCACAGUGAAGAAGGGUAUGGGGCCUACAGCAAUCAUGGGAAAUAUAUCACUUUCACCGGGUUCCUUGUGUACCAGGACGUGACUCCCAAACAACAUUCGCCCGCCACCAAUCAGAAAUUAGAAGAGAUCUGAGCAGGACUAACACUGUUUUCUAUUCCCAAGUGUGGGAGAUGUAGGCUUGCACUGUCGUCCUUGUCUGUUGAGCACGUUGUACAUAUCUUUGUCUCUGUCUCGUACUCUGCAUGCCGGUUGUACUGGGUGGCACUUAGGGGCAGAUUUAUCAAGGGCCGAAUCGAAAAUUUUAAUUUGAAAUUCAAAUUUUUUUAUGGUCAAAACUGUCAAAUUUGACUAGGGAGUUAUUCAAAUUAGAAUUUUUGAAAAAUUCUAAUCAAGAUUUAUCAUACAAUGUGCAUAGCCAGCAGCAUGAGGUUUACUGGCCACAUUAGGGCUGGUAAUCACAACAGGAAAGUCACAUGACUAACACUAUGGGGCAGAUUUUGGGUCGAAGUUAAAAUUAGUAUUUUCCAAAAAAAAUUUUGGUCAAAACUCUCAAAUUUGAAUU